AUGGCGGAGCCGGAGAACCUCGAGGUGAUGGUGAAGACGCUCGACUCGCAGACCAGGACCUUCACUGUGGAGGCGGAGGUGACGGUGAAGGAGUUCAAAGAGCACAUUGCGGGCUCAGUAAAUAUCCCCGCGGAGAAACAGCGUCUGAUCUACCAGGGACGCGUCCUGCAGGACGACAAGAAGCUUAAAGAAUAUAAUGUUGGGGGCAAAGUGAUCCACUUGGUAGAACGUGCCCCUCCCCAGACUCAGUCGCCCUCUUCUGGGGGUCCCUCUGGAGCCAGUUCGGCCUCAGCCCCCCACAAUGGCAUCGGGGGACGGGGAGCCGGUGCCACCGUCCACGACCGUAACGCCAACAGCUACGUCAUGGUCGGGACCUUCAAUUUACCAAUCGACGGAUCCUCUGUGGAUGUUCAUAUUAAUAUGGAACAGGCUCCCAUACAGAGCGAGCCCCGCGUCCGCCUGCUGAUGGCACAGCACAUGCUCCGAGACGUGCAGGGCAUCCUGGGUCGGCUGGAGGGUCGGGCCAACGGGCAGCCGCAGCCCACGCCGGAGAAUGCCCCCCCGGCCCCCGACGAGCCGCCCCCCUCCACCAGCCCCGGCCAGCGGGAGCCCAUGGAGGCAGCUGUUUCGGAGUCCCCAGCCGCGCCCGCCGAGGAGAGCCCCCAGCCUGGGCCGGAGCCGCCCCCAGCUGCCGAGGGGGCCCCCAACCACCCGGCGCCGGCCGAGUACGUGGAGGUGCUGCUGGAGCUGCGCAGGGUGGAGGAGCAGCUGCAGCCCUUCCUACAGCGAUACCAGGAGAUCCUGGCCACGGCCAGCACCACUGACUACAACAACAAUACAGAGGGGCGCGAGGAGGACCAGCGCAUCAUCAACCUGGUGGGGGAGUCCAUGCGCCUGCUGGGGAACACCUUCGUGGCCCUGUCCGACCUGCGCUGCAACCUGUCCUGCAGCGCACCCCGCCACCUCCACGUGGUCCGGCCCAUGUCCCACUACGCCGCCCCCAUGGUGCUGCAGCAGGCUGCCAUCCCCAUACAGAUCAACGUUGGGACCACAGUGACCAUGACGGGGAACGGUGCCCGCCCCCCCCAGCCUGGCCCCGAGGGACCUGCCCCCACCCAGCCCUCCCCCCCGGCCCCAGCCGGAGCCCCCAGCCCCGGGGAGCCAGGCCGGGGCCUAGAGAGCCAGCUGGGGCCCGGGGCGGCCCCGACUCAGACCCAGGGCUCCCAGACCAGCCACCCCCGGGUCAUCCGCAUCUCCCACCAGACCGUCGAGCCCGUCGUCAUGAUGCAUAUGAACAUACAGGACUCUGGGUCUCAAGCGCCAGGAGGCAGCUCCGGGGGCACCGUUCCCACGGGCACCGCUGGACCAGCCGGGCAUGGCCCGGGCAUAGGCGCUGCGCACGUCCCCCUGCCCAGCCUGCCCCCGGAGCUGAUGCAGGCCGUGGCUCACCAGAUCACCCAGCAGGCCAUGGCGGCCGCGGCUUCUGCCGCCACAGGCCAGCAGGUCCCUGGCUUCCAGUCGGCCCCGACCCGCGUGGUGAUCGCCCGGCCCUCGGCCCCGUCCGCCCGGCCCACCCACCUGGGGGCCCCCCAGGCGCCAGGACCCGGGACUCCCGGCGUAGGGGGCAAUGCCUCCCUGGCACAGAUGAUCAGCGGGCUCCUCGGGCACCUGCUGAUGCAGCCGGUUCUCGUGGGUAAGUCUCUGCCCCACACGUCUCCCCCAGCCUCCCCGCCCACGGCCUCGGCCAGCGCUGCCACCACCAACACGGCCACCACGGCGGCGGGGGGCAGCUCUGCCGGUGCACCAGGGGGCUCCGUGCCCUCUGCCUCCUCCUCGGCCCAGCCGCCUCCACCUGCCGACGAUCUCCACUUCUCCCAGCUCCUGGGCAACCUGCUGGGGGCAGCGGGCCCCGGCAUGGCCGGCGUGGGCUCCCCCACCAUCACCGUGGCCAUGCCCGGCAUGCCUGGCAUGCCCGCCUUUGUGCAAGGCAUGACAGACUUCCUGCAGGCCACGCAGAUGGGGGCUGCCCCCCCACAGGUGCCAGAACAGGCUCCUGCCCCUCCCCCGCAGCCAGAGGCCCCUCCAGCCCCUGCCCCACCCCUGCUGUCUGAGCGGGGGCGGGGCCGCCCCCCUGGGGGCCCCGAGGCCCUGGCCCCCGAGUUCUUCCUCAGCGUGGUGCAGGGGGUGCUGUCGUCCAUGAUGGGCUCGCUGAACGCCCAGCAGGGCAGCGCCGAGAGCAUCGCCACCUUCAUCCAGCGCCUCAGCGGCACCAGCAACCUCUUCGAGCCGGGCACCGAGGGCGCCAUCGGCUUCUUCGGGGACCUGCUCUCACUGAUCUGCCAGAACUUCUCCAUGGUGGACGUGGUGAUGCUGCUCCACGGACAGUUCCAGCCGCUGCAGCGCGUCCAGCCCCAGCUGCGCCGCUUCUUCCACCAGGAGUACCUGGGGGGGCGGGAGCCCUCGGACCACAACGUGCGGGUGGCCACCCACAGCCUGAUCACCGGCCUGCAGGAAUACAUCCGCGAGAGCUUCGCCUCGGUGCGGGUGCAGGACGGGGUUGACAUCACCCGGACCAACCUGGAGUUCCUGCAGGAGCAUUUCAGCCGCAUCGCCACCCACAUCCUGCGCUGUGCCGACCCCACCUUUGGGUGCCGGCUGCUGGAGCUGUGUAACCAGGGCCUGUUCGAGUGCCUGGCAUUGAACCUGUACUGCCUGCGGGGGGAGCGGGCCGCCCUGACCGCCGUCAUCAACGACCGCAUCCGGCGGCUCUCGGCGGACGUGAACCCCUCGCUGGUGAGCUGGCUGACGGCCAUGAUGGGGCUGCGGCUGCAGGUGGUCCUGGAGCACAUGCCCGUCACGGAGGAGCAGGUGCUGCCCUACGUGCGCCGCCUGGGCGAGGCCCCCCAGCCAGCACCGGACGAGCCCAUGGAGGUGCAGGCGGCCGAGCAGCCCCCCGAAGCCGCGCAGCGGGACAGUGCGGCCUCGCCGGCCCCGGCCACUACGGCGGAGGAGGCCCUGGCGCGGUGCCCGGAGCCAGAGCAGGGGGAGCUGCCGGGGGAGCCCGCGCCCGACGCCGAGCCCUGGGCAGCGGCUGUGCCCCCGGAGUGGGUGCCCAUCAUCCGCGAGGACAUCCAGACCCAGCGCCGCGGGAAGCAGCAGCCGCCACUGAGCGAUGCCUACCUGACGGGAAUGCCGGCCAAGCGCCGCAAGACCAUGCGGGGUGACGGCCCCCAGCUGCUCCUCUCCGAGGCCGUCAGCCGCGCCGCCAAAGCCGCCGGCGUCCAGCCCCUGAGCGGCAGCGAGAGCCUGAACCGGGAGCUGGCCGAGCCGGCGCUGCAGGAGGGCUACCGGCAGCAGCUCCGUGCCGACCUCCAGAAGCGGCUGCAGGAGGAUCCCAGCUUCAGCCCCCAGCGGUUCCCCAACGCUGACCGCGCCUUUGGGGAUGAGGCCUAGGGGUGCCUGUGCCCCCUGCCCCCUAUUUAUCCCCUGACCCCCGUCUCCAAUAAAGCUGCUUGGUGUC